AUGGCAUCCCCUCCUAGCACCGACUUCUCAGGCCUCGCCUGCUCUUCCAUACCGCUCGGUAUAGCUGGCGGCGUCAUCACCCAAUAUGUGCAGGCUGCGGCCGAAGACGCAGUGUCGCAACUCUGUGGCCGUCCUACUGAUGACAUGUACCACAUCAAUCCCGACUCCGUCUCUGUGUCCUUCGGCACCGAACUCGUGGACCUGACCAUUACUAUACCUCCUGAAGGUGCCACUCAGGGCUCUGUUAAUUGCGGGGCCGCUUUCUCGUACAUCGUGGCGCAAUGCUUCAGUGGGGAGGAAGUCUGGGGCGGUGAUUUCUACGACGGCGACUUCACUUAUUCGAUCGCAAAGGCUGAUUCCGCGGAUAGCCUGAUUGAAACCCUUGAGAACCAGUUUUACGGUCAGCAACCGGAUGUGCCAGCGAGCGGUUUCCCAUCUGCCACAGUCGAAGCCUCUGGUAUAGCCUCAGGGUUCCCCGUUGAAUCUGGCAUCGCGUCCGGCUACCCUACGGAUGACAUCAUUUACUACCCUACACCUACGGCUACAGCGGUCGCGUCUGGGUUCCCUAUCGAGUCUGGCUUCACUCUUCCACUUCUUCCUUCGGGUCUUGUUAUCGGGCCCGGCUUCGUUCCUUCUGGUGUUGAGUCGGGCUACAUUGCCACUGUGACACCAGAGGCUCCGGUUUUCCCUGGAUCGAGCGAGUAUAACGCACUUGGAAAAGUGCGCCGUGGGAGCAGUGACCGGGAGGAGGUUGAUUCUGAGAAGCGUCCCAAGGCGAGAUGGAUUAUGGGCUGA